AUGAAGUAUGGUAUACAGAUGAGUGGAUCUAACUCCUCCAAUGAUGCUGGCUCGAAUCACACGUCUCCAUCGUCUGUAAAUAAAAGAGACGACCAAGUCGAAGCCGACACCAUGGGUAUAGACAUAAUUGCAUUCAAUGGUCAAACUGAGGACCAAGAAAUAGGGAAAAAACAAAUAAAGGACUAUUCAAAGCCUAAUUCUACUCUUCUGACCAGUCUACCAGCCUUGAGAAGCAAUGGGCUUGAAAAUCUGCAAACUCCCAAGCGCACAUGCUCAGAAUCUUCCAUCGCUGUAAAUACUCCAAGACAAUGGUACUCUUCGAUGACAGGAAGGAGAAAGAGUUUCAAACCUGUUGAACCACCGUCAUAUACCAUUGAAUACUCAGUCUUCAAGCCGGUUGAGUACUUUCAACCAAUCACUGAUGAACUUGACUUUCAAAAGCAUUUAAUCGAAAUUAUGAAAACGGAAGGAUGCAUCAUUGAGAAUGGGGAUAUUCCAGAAAAUAGCAUGAAUCCAUCAGACUUCAACCAUAUGGUCUCUGUCAUGACUCGUGAUGUUCAAUAUGACAGUGAACUCAAACCUGUUCAAAUAAGUCAUGGCUCAUCAGGAAGCUACUUUAUUUUGGGAAAAGAAUGGAACGAAGGUUCUGAUUCCGAAAGGCCUUCCUUCAAAAUAUUCACUCGAGGUAUAUUUAAACCCAAAGAUGAAGAGCCUUACGGCCCAUUAUCGCCGAAGUGGACAAAAUGGCUUCAUAGAACAUUUUUUCCUUGUUUCUUUGGUAGAUCAUGCCUCAUACCAAAUCUAGGUUAUAUUUCAGAGGCUGCAGCAUGUGUGUUGGACCGUCAACUUCUUUCAUACAUUGUCCCAUACACUGACGUCAUUUACUUAAAAUCAUCACAAUUUUACUAUCCUUUCUGGGAACGAGGGAGCGCCAAGCAUGGUCGGUACAAAAUUGGUUCAUUUCAGAUGUUCUUGAAGGAUUACAUGGAAGCCCAAGAUUUCUUGAAAUUGUAUCCAAUUCCUCAAGACCUCGACACUCUUCCUCAGGAUAGAGAUUUUUUUGUAGAUGGGGACAAUCCAUUUGGUAGUGCUAGCCUUCGUUUCCAGUGGACCAAAAAAAUUCUCGGUCAGUUUCAAGAGCAGCUUGAGAAACUAGUUAUCCUUGAUUAUAUCAUGAGAAACACUGACCGUGGACUCGAUAAUUGGAUGAUAAAACUUGAAUGGCGCGAAUGCAAGCCGAAAGAGAACAGGAAACGUAUGGAGCCCUAUUUGAAAAUUGGUGCAAUAGACUCAGGUCUUGCAUUCCCUUGGAAACACCCCAACGAAUGGCGUUCGUUUCCUUUUGGAUGGUUAUUUUUGCCAUAUUCGAUUAUUGGGCAACCGUUUUCUAGAAAAACACGAGAACACUAUCUUCCUUUGUUAACCUCGAAAUAUUGGUGGGAGCAAACGGUCUCAAUGUUGAAAGAAGUGUUCAUGAAGGAUGAAGACUUCAAAGAGAGAAUGUGGCUUAAGCAGGUGGCUGUUUUGAAAGGACAGGCCUUCAAUGUAGUCGAAAUACUCAAAUUACAUUAUGCGGGCCCUCUAGAGUUGACGCGGAGAGAAAACUUAAUGAUCUGGGACGAUAUAAUGUAUGUACCGAUACUGAAAAGAAACGAGAAUAUCGGUGACCGAAGGAAUAACCAUGUUGAUCAAGAUGAUAGAGAUACCGGGCAAACAUCGAACACGGAGUUUACCGAGAACACACCGCUUUUACAUCACCAAACUAGUCCGAAGAGGAUGAGGAGUACCUCAAUGGAAUCAAUCGGUUACAGACCCAUGCACAUGUCAGGUUUCGAAUUCAAUCUUAAUUACACCGACGAAGAGAGGCACAGGAACUACGCUGAUGAUGAAACGAACACGAAAAAAGUUAUCAUUGAGAGGUUAGAGAAAGUUUACAGUAGACCACCAGUAUUCACAUGGUGUUAA